AUGGCAUCGACAGAACAAACUUCUACCAAUGAUUCUGGUAAUAAUGAUGAUAAAAAAUCAUCAUCAUCAUCAAAUAAUGAAAAAGAUUCAGGUUUUGAAUGUAAUAUUUGUCUUGAAACAGCUCGUGAUGCUGUUCUAUCACUAUGUGGUCAUUUAUUUUGUUGGCCAUGUAUUCAUCAAUGGCUUGAAACUCGUGCACAUAAUCCAACAUGUCCUGUAUGUAAAAGUAGUAUAUCACGUGAUAAAUUAGUGCCUAUUUAUGGAAGAAAUUCUCCACAAACUGAUCCAAGAAAUACUACACCACCACGACCCGCUGGUACAAGACAAGAACCUCGUCGAGGUCGAAAUUUUGGUUUUGGUGAUGGUGUUAAUUUUCAAAUGUCAUUUGGUGUUGGUGCUUUUCCAUUUGGUCUUUUUCAAACAACAUUUACAACAAAUAAUAAUAAUGAUCAUCAAUAUGGUCCACCACCACCUGAUACACCUGAACGUUAUCAUCAUGAUUUAUUAUCACGUAUAUUUCUAGGGAUUGCAUUAGCUGUCAUUUUGUUCAUUAUUUUUAAUUGA